AUGGCGGCUUGGAAGUCAUUGCUGCUCCUGCUGGAGGUGGUGGCGCUCCUCCAGUCCCGGGAUGGAGCUAACGGGCAAGGGCACCUCCACACGCGGAGGACGCUGCACCGCUUCCCGCUGGUGGAGCGCGGCACCGGGUACCACCUGCCCAGCUACAUGGUGCACCUCUACCGGAACUUUUCUCGGCCUGUAGAAGCUGCGGAGCUGGAGGCGGACACGGUGAGGAGCUUGAUGGCAAAAGGGUUGGAGCACAAGCAUGGGCGUUGGGCAGCAACCUUUGACCUCCACGCCCUCCUGGCUGACAACCAGAUCCAGGCGGCCGAGCUCAGGAUCCGCUUCCCUCGAGGCGCCUCCAACGUGUCUGUGGCGGUGUAUCACCACCACGGCCUGGAGUGUCAGGCGGCCUGCAAGGAGGAGCCCCAGCAGCUGGUGGGCCUCCUCACUGAGGCCUCCCUGGUCUCUUCCUCCCACAGUUGGAGGGUCUUCAACAUGACAGACCCGCUCCUGAGCUGGCUCCAGGAGAAAUCCACGACCAGGGUUCGCCACAAAAGAGGGUACAGGAGGAGAAAGGCAGCACUUUCUGAGUCCAGGAGGGAGCAGGAAGUGAGCGACCGGGCCUUGCUGGUCAUCUUCUCUCAGACGGCCUUGAACCAGGACUCCAAAGUCAAAGCCAGCUUACUCCACACGGCUGAACAGUCCAAGUUCUUGACCCGGGCUGAAAUCAAAAAGCCACGUUGGCCACCCAAGCGGAGGAGAAGCAAACGAGGACAGAGGGAACAGAUGGAGAGGAGCCCACGGGCAUCCAAAAGAGGAACUGGGGACAAGUCUCUGUGCCACAGAGUGGAUAUGCAGGUGGACUUUAAUCACAUUGGGUGGGGAUCCUGGAUCAUUUUCCCCAAAAGAUACAACGCUUACCGCUGCGAAGGGUACUGCCCGGGACCGCUGGGUGCGGACUUGAACCCAACCAAUCACGCUUACAUGCAGAGUUUACUCAAACAUUACCACCCGGAAAGGGUGGCAUCACCCUGCUGCGCCCCCACCAAAAUGAGCCCACUCAGCAUGCUCUACUACGAGAACGGCGAGAUGCUCCUGCGCCAUCACGAGGACAUGAUUGUGGACGAGUGCGGCUGCCAGUGAAAAACCCGUGCCGCAGAAACAAACUUUGAAAAAUACUUAGAAGCUCUUUUUGUUGUGCCACGCACUGUUUUGUAAGCGGCUGACCCAUUUGCGGGAAUAGGAUGAAUUAAGUAUUU